CUCAAAAAUGGAAUAGAAAAAAAAAUAUGAAAAAAGUUGAAAGAAAUCUUUUAUGAAUACCACCUUGUCCUUGCUUUCAUUUCCAACUGCUACUUCACAUUUUAACCGUCUCUUUGUCUGUCUGUGUCUCUCGGUAAGGAACAGUAGCCAUUGGAAUUCUGGGUUUUUCUCUGCAAUUGGAAGAAAAGCAGAAUGGCAAGAGCAAGAAUUCACAUCGUAUUGAUGGGACUUCUGCUUUGGUGUUGCUUGACAGCCUCAGCAAAAUCAGAAUAUAUGAAAUAUAAAGAUCCAAAACAGCCACUGCCUGUUCGAAUUCAGGACCUAUUGGACAGAAUGACAUUAGAAGAAAAAAUAGGACAAAUGGUCCAAAUUGAGCGCAGUGUUGCUUCAGCUAACGUGAUGAAGAAAUAUUUCAUUGGAAGUAUAUUGAGUGGAGGAGGGAGUGUCCCAGCUCCACAAGCUUCUGCAAAGACUUGGAUCGACAUGGUCAAUGACUUUCAAAAAGGUUGUUUAUCUACCCGAUUAGGAAUUCCAAUGAUUUAUGGAAUUGAUGCUGUUCAUGGCCACAACGCUGUUUACAAGGCAACAAUAUUUCCUCACAACAUUGGACUAGGUGCUACCAGGGACCCUGAACUAGUUAAGAAAAUUGGGGCUGCAACAGCACUUGAAGUCAGAGCAACUGGAAUCCCAUAUGUUUUUGCACCUUGUAUUGCGGUUUGCAGAGAUCCAAGAUGGGGUAGAUGUUAUGAAAGUUACAGCGAAGAUCCCCAGAUUGUUCAAGCAAUGACAGAGAUUGUACCAGGAUUACAAGGGGACAUCCCAGCUAACUCUCCUAAGGGCGUUCCAUUUGUAGCUGGAAAGAAAACUGUUGCAGCUUGUGCUAAGCACUAUGUCGGUGACGGUGGAACAACUAAUGGCAUAGAUGAGAACAACACAGUGAUAGAUUGGCAUGGUUUGCUUAGCAUUCAUAUGCCAGGCUACUAUACUUCAAUUAUCAAAGGUGUUUCAACCAUCAUGGUCUCCUAUUCAAGCUGGAAUGGGAUUAAAAUGCAUGCUAAUCGUGAUUUAGUAACCGGUUUUCUCAAGAACACACUUCGUUUCAGGGGCUUUGUCAUUUCGGAUUGGGAAGGUCUUGACAGGAUCACAUCUCCACCUCAUGCUAACUAUUCGUAUUCAAUUCAAGCUGCAAUCCAUGCUGGCAUUGACAUGGUCAUGGUUCCAUACAAUUAUACUGAAUUCAUAGACGGGCUAACCUUCCAGGUGAAAAACAAUAUCAUCCCCAUGAGCCGCAUUGACGAUGCAGUGACGAGAAUUUUGCGAGUUAAGUUUGUAAUGGGUCUAUUUGAGAACCCACUAGCAGAUUACAGCUUGGUCGACCAACUUGGAAGUCAGAAGCAUAGAGAGUUGGCUAGAGAAGCAGUGAGAAGAUCACUCGUUUUGCUGAAGAAUGGACAAUCUGUCGAUCAUCCAGUGCUUCCCCUACCUAAGAAGACAUCAAAAAUACUAGUUGCUGGUAGUCAUGCACACAAUUUGGGGUAUCAAUGUGGUGGAUGGACAAUUGAGUGGCAAGGGCUGAGCGGCAACAACCUUACAAGUGGCACAACAAUCCUAACUGCCAUCAAGAACACAGUUGAUUCAAGCACUGAAGUCAUGUACAAGGAGAAUCCUGACACUGAAUUCGUCAAGUCCAACAAUUUCUCCUACGCCAUUGUUGUAGUAGGGGAGCAUCCAUAUGCAGAAACAGAUGGUGACAGUAUGAAUUUGACAAUUCCAGACCCUGGUCCAAGCGCAAUCACAAAUGUCUGUGGAUCUGUGAAAUGUAUUGUUAUCAUAAUAUCCGGUCGCCCUGUCGUUAUCCAACCUUACGUUGACUCCAUCGAUGCUCUUGUUGCCGCUUGGUUACCAGGAACUGAGGGUCAAGGCGUUGCAGAUGUUCUGUUUGGUGACUACUGUUUUACAGGCAAGCUUCCUCGUACUUGGUUCAAGACUGUUGAUCAACUGCCGAUAAAUGUUGGGGAUCCACAUUAUGAUCCUCUCUUCCCAUUUGGGUUUGGCCUUACUACUGAACCUACUAAAAGCUAAGAGGAGAGCACCCCUAAGGCUUUCUAAUUGUUUUAAACUCAUUUUCAUCAUCAUUUACAUUUGUCAGAACUAGCUUUAGCAGUUCUUGAUAUGCAGUAAAAUAUUUAUACAAAAAAGUAACUAAA